UCAAGUGACCGCCUAACACACGCAUGGGCAGGGUCACUGGCCGCAGGACCCCCAAGAGUCCCAUCGGUCCAGUGGCCAGAAAUGUCGUGGGAUUCCCUGAGAGGACUGGAGCUCCUCCUCGUGCCCCCCCGUGCUCAGUCAUGACCGUCACCUACUCAAGCCAAGUGGCUAAUGCCCGCUUAGGCUCCUUCUCCCGCCUGCUCCUGUGCUGGCGCGGCAGCAUCUACAAGCUGAUCUAUGGCGAGUUCCUCAUCUUCUUGCUCAGCUACUACAUCAUCCGUUUCAUUUACAGGAUGGCCCUCACGGAGGAACAGCAGGUGAUGUUUGAGAAACUGACUCUGUAUUGCGACAGCUACAUCCAGCUCAUCCCCAUUUCCUUCGUGCUGGGCUUCUACGUGACGCUGGUCGUGACCCGCUGGUGGAACCAGUACGAGAACCUGCCAUGGCCCGAUCGCCUUAUGAACCUGGUGUCGGGCUUGGUGGAGGGCAAGGACGAGCAAGGCCGGCUGCUGCGGCGCACGCUCAUCCGCUACGCCAACCUGGGCAACGUACUGAUCCUGCGCAGCGUCAGCGCCGCAGUCUACAAGCGCUUUCCCAGUUCCCAGCAUCUGGUGAAAGCAGGCUUUAUGACCCCCGCGGAACGCAAGCACUUAGAAAAGCUGAGCUUGCCGCACAACACGUUCUGGGUGCCCUGGGUGUGGUUUGCCAACCUGUCAAUGAAGGCGUGGAUCGGAGGUCGAAUCCGGGACCCUGUCCUGCUCCAGAGCCUGUUGAACGAGAUGAACGUCUUGCGUACUCAGUGUGGACUCCUGUUUGCCUAUGACUGGAUCAGUAUCCCACUGGUGUACACACAGGUGGUGACCGUGGCGGUUUACAGCUUCUUCCUGGCUUGCUUGAUCGGGCGGCAGUUUCUGAACCCGGCCAAGGCCUAUCCUGGCCAUGAGCUGGACCUCGUUGUGCCCGUUUUCACGUUCCUGCAGUUCUUUUUCUAUGCUGGCUGGCUGAAGGUGGCAGAGCAGCUCAUCAACCCAUUUGGAGAGGAUGAUGAUGACUUUGAGACCAACUGGAUUGUCGACAGGAGCCUGCAGGUGUCCCUGUUGGCUGUGGACGAGAUGCACCAGGACCUGCCCCCAAUGGAGCGGGAUAUGUACUGGAAUGAUCCAGAACCACAACCCCCCUAUACAGCUGCUUCCGCCCAGUAUCGUCGACCCUCCUUUUUAGGCUCUACCUUCAACAUCAGUCUGCAUAAGGAAGACAUGGGGUUUCAGGCAAAUCCAGAAGAGGAGGAGGACCCUCAAACUGGCAUCAUUGGCCGCUUCCUAGGGCUACAGUCCCACGACCACCAUCCCCCCAGGACAAACUCAAAGACCAAACUACUGCGACCCAAGAAAGAAGGCCUUCUCCAAGAGGGCCAGCCCAAGAAACUCGGGAGUGCCAGACAGCACCCUAGGAACCAGGAAGGCGGCAAGCCUUGGAAGAUUGAGGAGGAGGAUGAUGUUUUCGAGACUGCUGCACUAUACGGGAGGUCAGGCUACCACAGUGCCCCCCAGACGCCCCUCAGCCACACCCCUAUGGUCUUCCCACCUGGGAAGUCAGCACCCUCAGGCCUUCGCAGAGUCUCAGGCACAGACAGCGCUGUCAAAGACCAAAGCCUACAGCCUGUGACUCCUGAGAGAGAGAACAGUUUUGAACUGCUCUCAGAUGGCGUCGGGUCCUCAACGGAGAACCCACAAGUGGGUCACAUGAAGAAGAAAACCGUGGAGUUUAACCUGACCGACGUGUCGGAGACCUCGGAACAUCAUCUCAGAGAAUCACAUUUGGACCAGUCAAGCAACAUAGAGAGAAUACUCAGAAGUCACGGAGAUCCCUACUGGGCCUUGGAAGACAGGGAUGAAGCACACUCUUAGCCUGUUUCCCCGAGGGGGACGCUUCGCCGGCCUGGUCCUACCUGCAUGUACACCAGCGGGACACUGAUCCAGUCAUAGCCACAUAGCUGUCCACACUGAAGCAUACGUUCGUAUGACAGCCUGAAUUAAAUGGUUGGCUUGAUGGGUAACAAAAAUCAGUAGUUUCGGGACUACUUAAGCCUUUAAGUGCCUUUCGUACAUAACAAUUGGGAAAGCUAGACGAAUCACCGGAAACAUGUAAUUCAAAACAUCAAAUUCAGCAUCCGGAGUCCUUACGUCCUGUCUGAAUUCCACACCCCCAACCUUGACAUCUUUUCCAAACUAAAGAGUUGAAUAAAUACAAAUCCUCCUAGGCA